AUGAAUUCGGUGCACAGGCAAUUUGGGAAAUUUAUGAAGCGGUCCGCGGAUGACAGCCAUGUUUCCGUUCUGCUCAAGGAUUUCGAUGAUGCUGAUAAACUCCUGGCAAGGGUUAUUGACUCGAGCAAAGCAUGGCGCGAUGCGUGGACGUCUAUUCUCACCUAUCAAUCCCGCCUCGUUCAGGAAUUCGACUCCCUAUACAACCCAAUAGUCGGGUCCUCAGAGCCCUCAACCUCCCACUCUCCCAUAGAGACACCAGAGGUUACCCUUGCAAGGACCUCUCGGCUUAACGAGGCAUACGAGGAGUUGAAGACAGAGCUGCUGACCGAAAUAAACAGCGUGGAUGAGAGAAUGAUCAAACCGGCAAUGAACGCAAAGGACUAUCUGCAACCAAUGAAGAAAAUCAUUAAGAAGCGUGAUGACAAGAAGCUGGAUUUUGAGCGUUACCAAAGCCGAGUGGACACAUCUCGGAAAAAGAUGAAGCGGUCAGAUAGAGAUAAUUCUGCUUUAGCAAAGGCUGAGAUAGACUUAAGUAGAGCAAAAGAUGAAUACAAUGCAGCAGAUGAGCAUCUACGCACGCAUCUUCCACCACUAAUCACUGCCACAUUCUCCAUACUCCCGCACCUGUUGGCUGCACAGAUUGAUAUUCAAAACAAUCUCCUUGCACUCUACUACACGACCCUUCACAACUAUUGUGAACAAGAAAAUUUCCCUUCCCCACCACCCCCAAUGGACCUGAUAAUCCAAACCUGGGAACGAGAUAUUCUGCCAGCCCAGCGCGAAGUGGAAUCCAUUGGCUGCGUCGCCUACCGCAAGGGCUCACGACAACCCAGAACCUCCGAGGAGCAUAGAAACGGUACAUACGCAAAUGGCCUGGGAUCCCGCCGUCCCAGCAGCCAGUCCGUCAUUUGCAAAUCCUCCGCUUCCCCCAUCAGCAACAUCCGCCCACCCUCGCCCGUCUUCGAAUCAAAACCACGCUCAAACGACCACUCCCCACCAUCCAUCAAUGCAAUCUCUUUCACCAAACCCAAGUACUCCCCUCCAAUCAGCAGCGGUCCCCCGUCCGAAAUCUCAGAUUAUUCUACCAACACCAACACGUCCGCCGGCGUUACUCCAUCCGGCUAUACCCCCGGCGGCCCACGGAUGGACUACUUUAGUCGCGAGAGGCAGCCCUCUGGAGCUGGUGGAGGUUCUCUGGGCAUGACGCAAAUGGCCGCAGCGGCAGCUAAGAAGAAACCCCCACCUCCACCUCCGCGUGCAGCUUCCAGCCAUGCCGUGUUCGUAACGGCCCUCUACGACUUUCCCGGCCAGGGAGCUGGGGACCUUGCGUUUCGAGAAGGCGAUCGCAUUCGGGUACUUAAGAAGACUGACAGCACAGAUGACUGGUGGGAGGGUGAGCUUAAGGGUAUGAAGGGGAGCUUCCCAGCUAAUUAUUGUCAUUGA